CUCUCCACAACGCCGCAGUGGAUAACGCACAGCAGCCGUCGGCCUCCCCCAAAACCCCAGCCAAACUCCGCCAUCGCCAUGGUCACCCGCACGCGCCUCCCGCUCCCGUCUCCCGCCCCUCCCCACACCGCCACGGGCGGCGGCGGCGUGGAGUUCCGCCGCAAGCUCCACUUCCUCUCAUCCGAGCUCCACCUCGACCCGUUCCCGCUCCUCGCCGCCAACCCCGCGCUCCGCUCGGCGCCGCUGCCGCUCCUCCGCGACUCCCUCCGCCUCCUCACCUCCCACGGCCUCUCCGCCCGCGACGCCGCGCGCGUCUUCUCCGCGUUCCCCUCCCUCCUCACCUCCCCGCCCGGCGAGCCGCUCCGCUUCCUCUCCGCCGACGCGCCGCUCCCGCCGCCGCGCCUCCGCGCCGCGGUCGUCCGGUCCCCGCGCCUCCUCUCCGCGUCCGUGCCCGGCACGCUCCGCCCCGCGCUCCUCUUCCUCCGCCGCCGCGUCGCGCUCGUCCGGGAGCCGCUCCCGCUCGCCGCCGCGCUGCUCCUGGCCUUCUCCGUCGAGCGCACCCUCCUUCCCAAGCUCCUCUUCCUCUGUCACGCCACGGGUCUCCCUGACCCCGCCGUCUGCGCUGUCCUCAGGCGCGCCCCCGCCAUCCUCUCCUACGGGAUCGAGACCAACCUCACGCCCAAGCUCCAGUUCCUCGCGGAGCGCAUGGGGAGGGACCCCGUGGUGGAGCUGUCCGAGUUCCCGCACUACUUCGCAUUCAGCUUGGAGGGGAGGAUCAGACCGAGGCACGACGCGCUGAGGGAGAGGGGCAUCGAAAUGUCACUCAGAGACAUGCUCACAAGCAACGAUGACGAGUUCAGGGAGCGGCUGAUCUAGGCGACGUUGUCCGACACCAAGGCGAGGUUGUGAGCUUGCAUUCAGAAGCACUAUGUGCUGGGUGCCUUACAACAUCACCAAUGGCACCGGCAGCAGUUUGGGACGUACACUAUGACGGCUAAAGGUCCAUCAAACACAAAGUUAUGUUUCCUCUACUUGCUGUGGUGGAAGGCGAAGAAUGGGCCUGAUGCAUGAGUUGUUGGAGAACAAUGCAGUGAUGAAUAGCCAUGGAUCUCCCUCGACAUAGGUGCGUGAUAAUCAUCCGAUGUCCAGAUGAGUUUUGCAAUAGCUUUGUUCUUUCUUUUGCUUUUUUUCUUUCUUUCUUUUUGGUGCAGUUGCUUUAGGGAAAGGGAAUGGUGUGGAUUUGACACAAACCAACUUGUAUUCAUACUGUUUGUUAUUAUGACAAAGGAUUUUCACACAAUCUUUGAAAUGCCAUCGUUUCAUUAUUUAAUUUCA